AUGGCAACCAAUCACGAUCAACACCACCAUCUCCUCCUCCUCAUUCUCCUCUUCCUCCUCCAGACCCCACUGAACGCAUCAUCAUCCCCAUCACCCUCACCCUCACCGUUUCCAUCACCAACGGUAACAACGCCCCCAUUCUCUUGCCCAUUAUCACCGGUAACUUCCGUAUCGUCCUCUCUGCCUCCAGCGACGUCUUUGGCGCCGGUAUCACCAGAAACAUCACCACCGCCAAAAUCCCCACCACCACCACCACCACCGCCUCCUCCUCCACCACCGGCACUGCCCCCACAGCUGAACAACGUCAUAGACGCACUGAUCGGAGCCGGUGACUUCAGCAUAUGGGUGAACAUUCUCUCAAUGUCAAACCCUGCAUUGCUCCCAAUCAGCGCCACACUCUUCAUUCCGCAAGAUGCCACAUUGAACCGCAACGGCAACGGCAACGGCAACGGGGUUCCGCUUAUGGUAGACCCUUUUCUUUUUCCCUACCACGUGGUCCCGCAGCGCCUCACCUUCUCUGACCUCCUCCUCUUCCGCCGCGCCGCCCGCCUCCCAACCCUCCUUCCCGGAAAGUCCAUCUCCGUUACUGACGACUCCGCCGUAAACUUCUCCCUCGAUGGCAUUCCGAUCACCCACCCUGACAUCUACAAAACACCCUCCAUCGCCGUCCACGGUGUCGCCGGUGUACUCGACUACUCCGUCUACGGCGAUGGCAUCCCCCCGCCGCCUCCUCCUCCUCCUCCUGCUCCUUAUUCUCCGCCGCCGCACACCUCCGUCAUGCAGCCGUUCAUGCCGAUGGAGGAAACCAUAGGAAUGAUGGGUGGGAAGUCUGGUUCUUGCGGUUCUCCACGUGCGUCUCUAUGGUGCACCCUCGUCCACGUGGCAAUCUUGGCUCUCGUUAUUCAAGAACUCGUCUUUGUUCUGCAUUGA